GCCUGAAACGCUGUCUGUUGAAUAUUGCAGCCAGUGGGACGUGUUUCAGAAGGCAGGUCAAAAAUAUAUGGACCAAUCUGUGUAGUCUGGCGGCGGGAUGUGUUGUUCCCACUUGCCUGAAAAAAACGUCGGCAUGGGAAUAAAUAAACAAACACCGGAGCUCUAAGUACUGUAUUCUUAUUUAGCAUUCCGCUGUAGAAGUUGAAACCGAUUCACACUGCAACUAUCUGAGGUGCUCGAUUGCUUCUAUGAUGAUGUACACCUGGGGAGAAGCGAACUGGACUGGUUUGGGGUUAUCAACUCAGACACGGGAUGAUGACAUUAACUUGGAGGACAACUAUUUCCAUCAACCAGACUCGAAAAACAGAAUUAUUGAAAUUGCGUGUGGAAGCGGUGUUAUUACGUUUGUUAAGGAAAAUGGGAAUGGCGUGAUGUGGACGAAGAGUGAAAAAAGAGAGCCUUUGUUGCUGAGAAAUGAAAAGAUCCUCAUUGUGGACUGCGGGUCAACUCGUAUUGUGCUGGUUUCUGAAACAGGACAGAUUUUUGAGUGCAAUUACCGAGAACAAGCUGAAGUGGCACAUACCAGGUUGCUGUCAAGUUUAAGUGACAGAAAAAUCAUUCAAAUUGCUUGUGGAAACCAUCAUUCAUUGGCUCUGUCUAGAGACGGGCAGCUCUUUACUUGGGGACAAAAUACAAAUGGACAGCUUGGCCUGGGGAAAGGGGAGCCCAGUAAACCAUCCCCUCAGCCUCUGAAGUCUCUGUUGGGGAUCCCGCUGGCUCAGAUUGCUGCAGGGGGAGACCACAGCUUCGCUGUCUCGGUGUCGGGGGCUGUGUAUGCCUGGGGGAGGAACCAUGCAGGGCAACUGGGACUCGGAAACACCACAGACAGAUUUCGUCCAACCCUCGUAAAGUCUUUACAACUCAAGAAGACUGUGUUUAUUUCUUGUGGAGAUGAACAUACAGCCAUUCUUACCAAGGAUGGGCUAGUGUACACAUUUGGUGCAGGAAGUUUCGGGCAACUCGGACACAACUCAACAAGAAAUGAAGUCCGACCUCGACUAGUUGCUGAGCUGUGGGGGGAGAAAGUUUCUCAGGUAGCAUGUGGAAGUCACCACACGGUUGCUUACAUUUCCUCUACCAAUAAGGUCUACUCGUUCGGGUGUGGAGAGCAAGGGCAGCUGGGAACUGGACAGAAUAUAAACCAAGAGGUUCCGGUUCCUCUUACUCUAUCAGCAGCUGAUGAAAACACCCUCACUGUUGACAAAAUUGUUGCUGGAGGAAACCAGACAUUUGUGUUAAUAUCUCAAAUUGAGGAGCUUGAGCCUUCAGCAGACAUGUUCCCCUCAAGCACCGGUAAAAGGAUUUCCAGUAUCAAUGAUAAUUUGCUGGACAAAUGGAUCUCAGAAUGUGAGUCAGAAUGGAACAAUAUAAAUAAAGAAAUUACAAAGAUUUUCUCAUCUCCUUCGUGUCUUAAUGGGAGUUUUCUGGAACAAAGCAACGAUAAACACUUUAAAACAACCACUGAGUCUGCGGGCGUGGAUUUAUCCCUUGUGCGUCUUGCUUUUGAGAAGUUAGCAAAGAAUACGAAAGUGUUAAUGCAGGUUGAAUCUGUGGUUCUGAACAAGCUGCUGCCUUCUCUAAGUGGGGCUCCAGCUGGAGUGGAGGCCUUGAGGAUUUACCUGAUUAUACCUGAACUCUUCAGAGUCCUCAAAACACAGCAGAGUAUCAAGGAGGUAGCGUCUUCUCUAGCUGAAGCCAUUCUCAGACUACAGCCAAGCAGCAUACAAAUCCUUGAGUCUUUGUGGUCAAAGCUACCCAUUGUCUUCUUCAGGUUGGUGGUGACGAUAUACCAUUUUGUAUCCAGCCGAUACCUUCACGGGGCAAGAAAAGGUUCCCCUGCAAACGUGGACAAGCUGCAUAACUCUUUGCGUGUCCUGCAAAUACUAUACAAGGUGAACUCCAAUGCUGGUAACAGGAUUCAGGAGAAUAAGUUCUACAUAGAUGAAAUUGGACUUUGUGUUCAGUCAAUUCAACAAAUGCAUUCUUUGAAUUUGAAAUUAUUAAAAAAACAAGAAUCAUUGAUGACUCUCCUACUUUCAUUGACCGUAUACCCCUGCAUCUUUGAUUUCGCUGCAAAGUGCUUUGCCCUCCAAUGUGAUAGUUUAAUGACAUUAUUUACCGCUGCCCUGACACAUCCUUUUGGAGAAAAUAAUCUGCUUGUCAACCGAAGAAAUCUCUUACAUGAUACGUUGCAGUACUUAAGAGACAAUUCCUACAACCACUUAAGUCCAUUAAAGGUGACAUUUGUAGAUGAAAACGGUGUUGAUCACGGAGGACUAUCGCAGGAGUUCUUCUCUGUCAUCACCAGGGAGCUGCAUACAUUGGAACCUGGAGUAUUUAAACUCUUUGAAGAUUCUAGACUAGUGUGGUUUAUUCCGAAGGAACACAAAAACAGUGAUAUGUUCUUUCUAAUUGGAGUCCUUUGCGGAAUGGCCUUGUACAAUCACUGCGUAGCAGACUUCCACUUCCCCUUGGCAUUGUUCAAGAAGCUGCUGGAAGAAAAGCCCACACUGGAAGACCUGAAGGAGUUGUCCCCAUUAGAAGCCAGGAGCCUUCAAGCUGUUCUUGAUGAAGAUGAAGAUUCCGUAGACAGUUUAGAUUUGGACUUCACAGUUCAAGGACAUGAACUUGUGCUGAAUGGAAAAUACAUACUUGUCACCAAAUACAACAGGAUUCAGUAUGUUGAAGCAUAUGUGGAUUUUGUGUUCAACAAAUCAGUCAAGAAGCAAUUUGAUGGUUUUAUGAAAGGUUUUAGAAAAGGAUGCCCCAGUAAGAUGUGGAACAUAUUCCUACCUGUUGAGCUCAUGGCAGUACUCAAUGGAAACACCAAAUAUGAGUGGGAAGAAUUGGAAAAGAAUGCAAAAUACAAAGGAUAUGAACCUACAGAUAAGAACAUCAGGAAUUUCUGGAAGCUAUUCCAUGAACUUGAUGAGGAGCAGAAGAAGCAUUUCCUUGCCUUUUUGACAGCAAGUGACAGAGUGCCAGUAGGAGGGAUGGCCAGUCUCAGCAUCACCAUAAUGAACGGAGAAAGAGAGGAUCCAGACAAAUACUAUCCAGUUGCGAACACCUGUUAUUGGUUAUUGUGCCUUCCUAAUUACAGCAGUGCGGACAUCUUGAAAGAAAAGUUCUUGCACGCAAUCACUUUUUAUGAAGGAUUUGGUGACUAUUAAAGUUUAGCAAUCCUUUUUUUUAAUCCCUGCUACUAACAUUUAAAAAAAACUUAGAUUACUUGCUUGAAAAUAUUUAGAUGGUCCCUUUUGAGUUUACAUUCUCAUUUCAAAUACUCCUUUUGAGACAAAAAACUGGGAAGUGAAACUUCUUUAUAACUGAUUAUUCAGCUAGGGGUCUUACUCUGUAGUUAACCUUUAUGUUGUGUCAAAAUGCAUUGAAGGCUUUGAACCAAUGAUUCCCUAUCAAGUACGAAAUGUAACCAUUAGCGAAUGGGUGUUCACCUGUAAAGAUCCCGGAAUCUGAAUAGAAUACCAAAGCUGCGCGCAAGCGCCCGUGACGUAGCCAUGCUCGCCCCCGAGAGCUUAAGAGGGCUACAGACACAGGUACGAGUAUCAUUUUCAUUUUAGAUCCUGAGGGGAGCAUAUAGGUAAGCACCAGUUACUUUUAUCUGCAUAUAUUUCGCUACUAACGCGAUCAUUAUUUUUGAAACAUUGUAUUUUUAGUUUACUAAUUACAAGUAAUUUUUGCACACGGCCUGUUGCUUGUUCCUUCCCCAAGCGGUCUUGUGCACCGCGUGGAGCCGACAGCUUCUGUCGCCCCUUCCAGGGAUCAAGCAGCUUAAGUCAGCUGAUUUGUACUCUCCUGCAGGCUGCUAAUAACUCCAGCUGGAGUUAAAAUAAAAAAUAAAAAUAGAGUGUUUUGAA